AUGCAACCUUCAAUAUCUGAUUUGUAUGAAACUAAAUUAAUUACUUGUCCUGCAGCUUUCCCUAGAUACCCUGGUUCAGUAAUUAUUCCUCAACCCUCAAAUGAUCCUGAUGACUAUCGAUUGAAUAUUUGCUAUAGAAGAUAUAAGACUAAAUCACAUGUUUCAGAACAACCAAAAAUCAAUAUAGUAUUCCUUCACGGGAAUGGAAUGAAUAAAGGUAUAUGGCAUUAUCACAUUGACAAAUUGUACAAUCAUUUCAAUAGCCAUGAAAAAUCAAAGUAUCGCUUGAAUACAGUUCUAGCAAUUGAUGCCGUAACCCAUGGCCAAUCUGCUGCAGUUAAUAAAAACAAGCUUGGUCAUGUUUAUGGCUGGAAAGACGGACCUAGAGAUGUAAUUGAUAUCGUGAAGAAUCAAGAGUCGAAGGAUUUCUUUUCCCAAAAUGCAAUCAACAUUUUAGUUGGCCAUUCUUUGGGCGGAUUCCAAGCAUUAUAUACCUGUUUUUUGGAACCUGAGUUAUUUGAUUCUUGCGUAACUCUUAAUCCUGUCUGCUACAUGGACAAUGAAACAGCAGAAUUACAUUUAUUUGCCUUGAAUAUGUGGCAUGAAUCGGGCAAGAUUAAGAGUCAUUUUGAUAUUCCUGAAGGGUCUAACUGGAAAGAGGUUGUAGAGCAUCAUUACAAGAAAGAAUCAUUCUUUAAGAGAUUUGACUCUACUGUUAUGGCGAAUAUGUUGGAAGAUGAAUUCACUGAUGAAUUAAAAAAGAAUCCCGAUGCCAAGUAUAAGACAAUUGACUUGAAUACCCCCGCCACUCAGGAGUACAUGUGCUAUUACAAUGCACAGCUUUUCAUUCCACAAGGUAUGGAGGUUUUUCAUCAGAUAACGACCCCUGUUUAUCAUAUUGUCGGGGACAACGAUACUGCUGGGCAAAGGGCCGUUGAGAGCACUAGAAAUGUUUUGCAAUCGGUGAUAAAGCCGAUAGACAUCGAAAAUUCCACCCAUAUAGUUCUAGGUGAAAACCCUGAUUUAGUGGUCAAUGAGUUGGUUAAGGCUAUUGAUGAUAAUAUAGAAAUCCAUAGAAAAAAUGGUGAUAUUAGAUACAAGGAACCUAAAUUGUUCGAGAAAUAUGGUAAAGACUAUAGGAACACAUUGAUAGCCGAAGAAUACGAUGUCUACACGACGGCCAGUAAGAAUGGCACCAAAUUAUAUAAAUUAUAA